AAACUCAUCUAUAAACUCUCUUAACUUAACACUCUCUCUCUUUCUCUUUCUCCAUUUCUCUCCUCUCCAUAGCUUAGCAAUGCGAGGUCUCGGAGGCAUUCUCGUGGCUUACAUAAUCUCCACUGUCCUCUUCGGACAUUUCACGUACGUGGCACAAGGAAGAUAUCAUUACCACAAGAGUCGUCGUGGCCUCUCGCAUCCUCUUCCUCCUCCUUCUUCUCCUCCACCUCCACCUCCUCUUGAAUCAGCCAAUCCACCUGAUCAAGUCCCGUCUGACCCGUACCCGAAUCCAAACCCGAGUCCAGACCCGGCUCCGGGAGAUUCUGACUCAGGGUGCAUCUUUGACGUCACGUCAUAUGGAGCAGUGGGUGAUGGUUCUUGCGACGACACGGCAGCGUUUAGAGAUGCUUGGAAAGCCGCUUGUGCCGUCGAGUCCGGCAUCGUUUUGGCACCUGAAGGUGGCGUUUUUAAAAUCACUUCCACUAUUUUCUCCGGUCCAUGUCAACCGGGACUCGUAUUUCAGUUGGACGGAGUGUUGAUGCCACCGGACGGACCAGAGGAAUGGCCAGAGAAAGACAGUAAACAACAGUGGUUGGUUUUUUACCGCCUCGAGGGUAUCACAUUUGCCGGCAAAGGCACCGUCGAAGGCAAUGGUCAAAAAUGGUGGGAUCUACCUUGCAAACCACACAGGGGACCAAACGGAUCAUCGUCGUCUGGACCAUGUGAGAGCCCGACCAUGAUACGAUUUUUCAUGAGCAAUAAUAUAGUGGUGAGAGGAUUAAGAAUCCAAAACAGCCCACAGUUUCACAUGAAAUUCGACGGAUGUGAAGGAGUUCUAAUAAACGAAAUCCAAAUAUCGUCUCCGAAACUAAGUCCGAACACGGAUGGUAUCCAUCUUGGAAACACAAGAUCUGUUGCCAUUUACAACUCUGUCGUUAGCAACGGAGACGAUUGCAUAUCGAUAGGAACUGGCUGCUCAGAUGUUGACAUUCAAGGUGUCACUUGUGGGCCUAGUCACGGGAUCAGCAUUGGGAGCUUAGGAGUGCACAAUUCACAAGCCUGCGUUUCAAACAUAACAGUCCGAAACACGGCGAUCCGCGAUUCCGAUAAUGGUCUCCGGGUGAAAACAUGGCAAGGCGGAACCGGAUCCGUCUCAAACCUCCUCUUCGAAAACAUCCAAAUGGAGAACGUCCUCAACUGCAUAAUCGUCGACCAGUACUACUGCUCAUCGAAAGAGUGUCGCAACGAGACAUCUGCGGUUCGAGUCUUCGAUGUGGAGUACCGUAACAUCAAAGGAACUUACGACGUUAGAAGUCCGCCGAUUCAUUUUGCAUGUAGUGAUACCGUCGCUUGCACGAAUAUAACGAUGUCGGAGGUCGAGCUGUUGCCCGAGGAAGGUGAGCUAGUUGAUGAUCCGUUUUGUUGGAAUGCUUACGGGAAACAAGAGACGUUGACGAUCCCGCCAAUUGAUUGUUUGCUUGAUGGCUCUCCGGUGGUGGAAGAAGCAUAUGAUUCAAAUUAUGGUUGUUAGUAGCGUGCGCACACUUGGAUGGUUAAGGUUUGCCCUUUUAUUUAGUUGUAUAUCGGGCCAUCCCUUGUAGGGUCUUUUAGUGGAAGCCUUAUUUGUGCGAUGAGAUUUUUAUGCAUUUAGAUGAUGUCUCUCUCUAUGGCUUAUUAUUUUUCGUCCAUUAUAAAUAUUUUUAUAUCUAUCAGUACUUACAAUAUUUCGUUUUUGUUGCA